AUGGGGUUGGGGUUGUUCAAGGCGUUGUUUUGCUGUAGCAAGGUCCGUCAAAUUGAAAUCGAGGAGUCAUGGGAGUCGUCUCCGGAGCAUAGGUCGAAAGAAGAUAGUGGAAAAAGAAAAGCAGUAGUUGGUGAAUUUGGUCUUGAGAAGAAGAGGAGCACGCCACAAACGGGAGCUAUUCUGGGAAAACCGUACGUAAAGAUAGAGCAAAUGUACGAGAUGAAGAAAGAGCUGGGAAGCGGGCAGUGGGGUGUGACUUAUCUGUGCGUGGAGAAGACGACGCAGAGAGAGUACGCUUGCAAGUCGAUUGCGAAGACGAAGCUGGUGAGUGCGCAGGAGAUUGAGGACGUGAGAAGAGAGGUUAUGAUUCUGCAGCAUCUGUCCGGGCAACCCAACAUCGUGGAGUUCAGAGGGGCUUUCGAAGACAGACACAGCGUGCAUCUGGUGAUGGAGCUGUGCAGUGGAGGCGAACUCUUCGACCGCAUCAUUGCCAAAGGGAACUACUCAGAGCGUGAGGCGGCGACGGUGACGAGGCAGAUCGUGAACGUCGUUCAUGUCUGCCAUUUCAUGGGCGUCAUGCAUCGAGACCUCAAGCCGGAAAACUUCUUGUUGGCCACCAACACAGACGAUGCUGCCGUCAAAGCCACUGAUUUUGGACUCUCCAUUUUCAUCGAGGAAGUAUGA